CACCAUCUCACAGAGGGAAGACAUGAUAAACCUAGACACCAUCUCACAGAGGGAAGACAUGAUAAACCUAGACACCAUCUCAUAGAGGGAAGACAUGAUAAACCUAGACAUCAUCUCACAGAGGGAAGACAUGAUAAACCUAGACACCAUCUCACAGAGGGAAGACAUGAUAAACCUAGACACCAUCUCACAGAGGGAAGACAUGAUAAACCUGGACACCAUCUCACAGAGGGAAGACAUGAUAAACAUGGACUCCAUCCCACAGAGGGAAGACAUGAUAAACCUGGACACCAUCUCACAGAGGGAAGACAUGAUAAACCUAGACACCAUCUCACAGAGGGAAGACAUGAUAAACCUAGACACCAUCUCAUAGAGGGAAGACAUGAUAAACCUAGACAUCAUCUCACAGAGGGAAGACAUGAUAAACCUGGACACCAUCUCACAGAGGGAAGACAUGAUAAACCUAGACACCAUCUCACAGAGGGAAGACAUGAUAAACCUAGACACCAUCUCAUAGAGGGAAGACAUGAUAAACCUAGACAUCAUCUCACAGAGGGAAGACAU